AUGAUCGUGAUGAUCAAUUCUCAUACAAAGUAUUCGGUGUUCCCUCACAACUCCAGUCCCGCACUGUCAAUGGCAGCUGUCAUUAUGGGGGACAAAGACUGGCUCAAUGCCAUUCCAGGGGGUGGUGGGAACUGGUCUCUUGUUCCACCAGAGGCAGGCUCUGAAGUCUUUGUGCAAAAACUGAACUCAGUGCCAGAUCAAACAAGUUCAGAAGAACAAAUGGAGAACUGGGCAAAAGAACUCACAGUGGAACAGAAAAAAGAAGACAUCUAUGAUGAGUUUCAGUUUCAUCAGAAUUUUCAAAAAUCCCAAGAAUUUUUCAUCCAAGCAGAAGCUGAAGCACUGAAACUUUCAAAUUUGCCAAUAAGCAGUCAAAGAGAAGAAGCACCAAAAUAUUAUAAUUCCAGACCUGAAGAAUCAAGCACCUUAGAAAGAAAGACUAACAGGAUGGUCCCUGAAUUUAUAUCCUCAUGGGAAGAUGCUGCAGAUGUAGAUGGGAAAACAGAAACUGCGUUCCUUUUGAAAGAACUGGACACUCUGAGGGCCAAAAAUAAAAAGCUUCAAGAUAAGCUGUCUGAAAAGGACAAGGAGCUGAAGACAAUAAAACUGGACUUAGAACUGCAAGAGAGAGCGACAGAAGCAAAGAUUGCAGAGAAGAUUGCAGCCCUAGUGGAAGAAGUUUAUUCUGCUCAACGGGAACGUGAUGCAGCUGUCAUGGCAAGGCUUAGGUUAGCCAAUGAAGAGAGAGAUGAAGCAUUUCUACGCGUCCAGCGUUUAGAAGAGUCUCUCAAAGAGCUAGAAAAUAUUAACCCUGAAGAAAAUGACAUGACAUUACAGGAAUUACUGAACAGAAUAAACAAUGCAGACACAGGGAUAGAUAUACUGAAGAAUGGAGCUAUAAUUCUGAAUCGAAUACACAGGACCAAAGAACGUAAAAAGAAAAUAAUAGCUGAAGAAAUGAACGCAGUAAUAGAACAACGGGAUGCUGCUCUGUCUCAAUGCAAACGGCUGGAGCAGGAGCUUCAUCAUCUGAAAGAGCAGAACCAGACUUCAGCAAACAACACGAGACAUCUGACUGCUGAAAACAAUCAAGAACGUGCUCUGAAGGCAGAGUUGAUAGGCUUGCAACAAGAAAAAGAGGCUGCUCUUCAACAGUGCAAAAAAUUAGAAGAAGAUAUCCAGACAUUGCGUGUUUAUUACAGCUUAUACAAAUCUUUGUCUGAAGGAAGGAAUCUGAAGGACCAACUUAACUGUACUUAUGCUACUUCUGAAGGUGGACUGCAAAGCAGGGGGGAUGUUGUGACCCUUACCUAUUGCCAGAUUGAAGAUCUGGCAGCUCAGCUGCAGCAAGCUCGGUCAGAGCAGAAGGACACAGAGCUGAAGCUCCAGAAAGCCCUGGAGGCUUCACGGGAGGCCAAUGAAAAAGUUCACAAGUUGGAAAGGCUGGUGGACGUCCUGAGGAAGAAGGUUGGAGCAGGGACCAUUAGGACCGUGAUCUGAUUGAAAGCUCUAGUCUAAGGAAGCAUUCACAUCUGGUGACCAGGCUGCUUCAUUCAGCACUGUGUAAACACUAAAGCCUUAACUUAGCAAACAGUUGUUAGAAGUGGGACACUCCAGCGACAUUCCAAGCUGAGAUAAAAUCAAAUCAUAAAUGUUUAACUACUUUGCUGCUGAGUUCUGUGAUUUGUUGAAAUGUUUCACUGCAAACAUGUAUUUGUUUUUAAGCAGAUGCAUUGUGGCACUGUGUACUGUGAAAAAUGAUGUAGAUGCUUAUUUUAACAGCCUCUCCUCUCGGGGUUACCAGACUGUAGUCUGCUGCAAGGCACAGCUUGAUCAUGUUUUCAAACACUGCAGGCUUCAGGUGCAAAAUCCUGCAAAGAAGUUUCAAAAUUUAAAUCCCUUAUAUUUUUUUCUGAGGCUGCAAGCAGUCUGGUAUUUGUAUGUUAAAUAUAUUAAUUGGUAAAGUAGGUU